CGGGGAUGGCUUCAUGUCAUUAGUCCGUACGGCAUCAUCUACCGUCAAGCAAGUCCAAUCAUUUCUUAUUACACACCAUCAAUCAAGUGAUCCAGCUCUCUCUCCGUUAAAAGCUCUCACUCCCUCGCUCACUUUUCACUGCAACAGUAACAGUGCAACUCGCUAGUUGCUUGCGACUAUUAAUCUGCAUCCAUCGGCCACUUGCUCGGCCACGGUCGAACAUCCACCAUGGCCUCACCAGCUGCCGACCUCCCGACCCAAGCCUGCCCUCUCCCACAGUCCAAAGCCCCGGCCGACGACCCCGAGCUCCAGACGCGCCGACGCCGCCGCAGGUGCUGCUGCAUCUGCUUUCUCGUCACCCUCGGCGUGCUCGUGAUCCUGGGCGUCACCCUCCUCGCCCUCUUCCUCACCGUGCUCCGCGUCCGCGACCCCCGCACGCACCUCAUCUCCAGCCGCAUCGUCGGCGUCGCCCCGAGCCUCACCCAGCCCAACUUCACCUUGCUCAUCACCGCGUCCGUUCACAACCCCAACCCGGCCUCCUUCUCCUUCGCCUCCGGCACCACCGGGCUCUGGUACCGCGGCACCCACGUCGGCGAUGCCCAGGUCGACCCCGGCAGCAUCCCCAGCAAGGGAGACACGGUCGUGGAGCUGGAGAUGACGGUCUUCACAGCCGGCUUCACGGCGAACAUGACGCAGCUGCUCGAGGACAUCGAGGCCGGGUCCCUGCCGCUGGACGCCAACGCCAGGAUCCCUGGGAGGGUUGCCGUCUUCGGCGUCUUCAAGAUCAACGUCGUCGCCUACUCCGACUGCCACGUCGUCGUCGGCUUCCCGGACAUGGGCAUCCGCGGCCAGGACUGCCGCGACCACGCCAAGCUCUAAUCCAUCACAUUGGUGGCUUGUUCGUUUCGUGGUAUCCCAGACGGAGCGUGGUCGAUGAUCCUGGAGUUCCUUCUCAUGGUGCAUGUCUACAGUCCAGACACUAGAUUCCUUUGAUUGGUACUCAUCAUGUGCAUCAACAGAGUAGCUUAAUACAGGAUUCAAUUUCCGUUGAUCAUGUGUAAAUGGUAUUCAAUCUUAUUCGCAAAAAAAAUGGUAUUCAAUCUUUUCAUUUUCGAUUAUUAUAAUUAAAUUGUCAUCUUUAUUUUC